AUGAUACCAGCAGCCAUUGCUAUUAUUGAUGAACUUGAAAAUUAUCAAAAACAAAUUCAGCAACAACAGCAAACACCAGUAGUCCUUGAUUUCAAGUCAACAGUCAUUGAAGAAAAAGCAGAGCAGUCAUCUUCACAGGAUAAUGUUGAUAUAAAUCCCAAUGAGUUAAUGAUUGAUUAUGUUACAGAUGGAACAACGGCUCUACUCAUCGGUUCAUUACCAUUGAUUUUACCGGACCAAAAUCCAUUUCAGAAAAAUUGGAAAUAUAACCCGAUUCUUCAAUGGGAUCAACUGUCGAAAUCAUUUCCAUGGGGUGUAUUUAUGUUGCAAGGUGCAGGAUUAGCUAUUGCCGAUGGAUUUCAGGCAUCGAAUCUAUCGACAACUAUUGUCGGUCUUCUUCAAUUUAUUGUUAGAGCACCUAAAGAACUCACCAUUCUUGUUGUCAUCAUUAUCAGUGCUAUUUUCACCGAAUUUACAAGCAAUAUUGCAUGUGCUAGCAUAUUAUUUCCUAUUCUUGAUAGUAUUUCUCGUACAGUUCAAAUUCAUCCAGCUUAUCUUAUUUUGCCAUCGUGUAUGGCUGUUUCGCUCUCAUUCAUGUUACCAAUUGAUUUUAACAUAGCAAUAACAAUGAAUAAGACAACGCUCGAAUCAUUAUCCAAUGAAGUGUUUCUUAAUUUAUUUGAAUUAUUCAAUGAAAUUGAUCUUUUUCGUACUUUUCAUAGUCUCAAUACUCGCUUUAAUACUCUAUUAUUUGUCUAUUUUCGAAAUUAUCGUGUCGAUUUUCGUUCGAUAUUAAAAGAAGAUUAUAAUAUUUUUUGUCCGACAUACUUUUCAUCGAUAGUAAAUCGUACAAUUUAUUUACGACUCUCCGAUGAUGAGGACACACCAUAUCAAUGUACUCAUUUUCUAUCAGCUGGUCUCACGUUAGAUCGAUUCGAUAAUCUUCGUUCUGUAACAUUUUACUGUGUUAGUUCAGAUCAAAAAAUUAAUCAAUCAUUGUUUUUCAAUUUAUAUCGACUACAUCAUUUAACACAUUUGAAAUUUGUUGAUUGUCGACUUUUUCACAUUAACAUACAAGGUUUUCAAAAUUUCAUUAAUCAAAUUUGGAAUCUACCGAAAUUGACUCAUUUAUACUGGGAUUGCAGUUUUAAAGCUGAUGAUCAUUUUCGUCUUCCUACGGUCGUCUCAACAUCUUUGCAAUAUUUAACUAUUUGUAAUGUUGAGUGGUAUUCGUAUCAAUUUAUUAAUUUCUUAAAAAGGACACCUCAAUUACAAAAAUUUUCAACAUCAUUAACUACUGAUGAAGAAGAUGAUCUUCCUCUUGUUCGUAAAUUUAUACCAUCACCGAAGAAUCUAUCAAUUAAAAAACUUGUUCUAUCUGAAGUAAGUUCACAACGUCUAAUGACUAAUCUAUUUCAAUUAGUACCUAAUGUUAAUCAUUUAAAAGUUGAAAUAUUUUCUCUCAAAAUUGAUGGACAUCAAUGGGAACAAAUUAUAAUUAAUUAUUUACCUAAACUGAACAUUUUACAAUUUAUGAUGAGUUUAACUCUCGGUCGCUCGAUUGAUGACCAAAUGGACGAAGAAAAAGUUGAUCAAUACCUUGCAACAUAUCGUACUUCGUUUUGGAUCGAACGUUGUCAAUGGUUCAUCCGAUGUCAUUGGAGACGAUGUAGAGGAAUUGUUUGGAUUCGCCUUUAUUCAUUACCUUAUGCAUUUUAUUAUUUUCCUAUUUUCUAUAAUGAAUUAGAUUCGAAAACAAAAUCGACUUGUCCAGGUGAAAUGUAUUUUUCCUAUGAUUCUGUUCGUAACGUUGCAUAUAAACCGCCAAUCUUCAACAAUGAAGCGCUCUACCAUGUUCAUCUCUUCAAUGUCGAAGUAUUAACUCUUGAAGUUCCGAUAGAUCAGCGAUUUCUAUCAAUUGUUCCCAAAUUUGAAAACUUGCAUUCACUUAAUGUAACCAUUUCAACAAUAAUUUGUCGACAGCAAUUACAAGCAUUGUUUGAUAAUGCACCUCGUCUAUACUCAUUGUCAUUUGAAUCAUGGAACACGUCUACAACGCCACCAUAUCAAUAUACCAGUGCAACAAUUCAUCGACUCAAUUUACAAGGUUCUGAUCAAUCUGGUGUUAAACAUCGUUAUACUCGUAAACAAUGUUUAGAAUUAAGUCGAUCACCAUUAGGUAUUCAAUGUCGAGUACUACUUAUUGCAAUCGAAGAACCUCAGUGUAUUUUGGAUUUAAUUGAUUCUAUGAUUAAUCUUCGAACGUUGCGCGUUUCCUAUGAAUAUGAUAAACGUAGUAAUAAGUAUGAUCUUAUUCAAGUCUUACAAGCUAGUUUGCCGUCAACAUGGACUGUAAUUCGAUUUUGUUAUGGACUUUUGAUUAUUCAAUCAUAA